UUUGUAGAGUAAAACUGACAACAGACAGCACUGUAGAACUAGCAUGUACACAAUUGUGAUACCCCCAAGUGCGUUACAAUUGACCAAAAACAGAACUCGGUUAUGAUCAAUUGCGUUUUCCGGCUGCAGCUAGAGUACACAGAACCAAGAUAUAGUUCCUUUAAAACAUUGAAGCGCAGUUAUUCAUAAUCUGAAACAACCAGCUACUUAAGGCAUGUUCCUCUAGGCGUUUUUGCUUCGAAAACUUUUGUCAGACCAGGAAACCAUGUCACCGACACUGAUGAGUGAUGACCAUGAAAUGGAAAUGAUGGUAAUGUAGUUACUUUCAAUGUGGACACAGUUCAAUACAAAAAUAUGGAUUUCUGGUAACAAAUUAAUUUGAACUACUAAAUGUCCGAAUGUUAAUGGCGUUCCUGCUUGUCUUAUUCCUCAUCUUUUGCCAUAUAUAAAGACAGAGCAGGUAUGAUUUGAUAAUGAACCUUGAUUUAUACUUGUUUUAUUAGACUUUUAGUUACACAUAAUCAUUGUUGUCAGCAUAUAUGUAAACCAAUAGCAUACAAGAAGAUUCAGUAUUACUUUAAUUCAUCACAGUGUACCUACAUAGAGAAUCUCUCCACCAACAAGGUGCAUCAGAAAGAACAAAAGUCAGUUCAGCUGACACUACUAUCCACAACACUGCAAGACAAACAAAGGGUUGAAACAGAAAUGGAUUCCCCUCCUUCCAAUUAAUUUAUAGUUUUAAGUAAUGUCAAUAAAACCCAGUUCAUACCAAUCCAUUAUUCAACCUUCUUCCUCACUCUACUGCUAAUUUGUAUUAACUCUGUUGAUUUCUGCUUCUGCUGAUCCAUGGCUAGCUACAGCUCCUCUUUUGAUCCGAAAUCAGAUUCAUUGGAGGCUGGAAAUGUCGAGGAUUUUAAGGUUCAUGUGUUCAGAUCAUCAUCUGAGUUGCUUGAAAAGCUUCAUGAGAAGUGGAGCAAAGCAGGAGAGAAACCAUACCCAGCCAUGUAUUCCAGCACUUAUGGUGGAAUCAUUCUUGAUCCAGCUUUGAUGGUGAUUCCAAUAGACGAUCACAUGGUUCAUCGAGGCCAUGGUGUGUUUGACACAGCCAUUCUCUUAAAUGGAUACCUGUAUGAGCUGGAUGUCCAUCUAAACCGCUUCCUCAGAUCAGCUUCAAAAGCAAGGAUCCCCUCUCCCUUUGAUCGGUCAACUCUUCGGAGCAUUCUUGUGCAGCUGGCGGCAGCAUCACAGAUCAAGAAAGGAACUCUACGAUAUUGGAUGAGUGCCGGUCCUGGUGAUUUUUUGCUCCAACCUACAGGGUGCCCAACAUCUGCAUUCUAUGCAGUAGUCAUUGAUGAGGACUUCAAUCAGUGCAAAGAAGGGGUUAAAGUGAUCACUUCCUCUAUUCCCAUGAAGUCACCAGAAAUGGCGACAAUGAAGAAUGUGAACUACCUUCCGAAUAUCCUUGCAAAAAUGGAAGCUGAAGACAAAGGAGCCUUUGCUUCCAUAUGGGUGGAUGAGAAGGGUUACAUAGCAGAAGGUCCAAAUGUGAAUGUAGCUUUUAUAACACAUGACAAGGAGCUUAUUGUACCCUUCUUUGACAAGAUCCUCAGUGGUUGUACCGUGUUAAGGCUUCUUGAACUAGCACCCAAGUUGGUUGAAUCGGGGCGUCUGAAAGGUGUGACAACUAGAAACAUUAGUGUGGAAGAAGCCAAAAGCUCAGCAGAGAUGAUGUUUGUAGGAAGCACACUGCCGCUGUUGCCAAUUAUCGCGUGGGACGAACAGCCCGUUGGCGAUGGGAAGGUGGGAGAAUUGACAAUGGCACUCUCCGAUCUGGUGUGGGAUGAUAUGGUAGCAGGAUCUACUGAAACACAGAGGACGGCAGUUCCCUACGUGUAAGGGUUCACAGAAUGAUCAAAUCCUUCUUGUUCCUGGUAUUACAAAUGCUUUGUGUUCUGCAGCAUUGUUCCUUUCUUCCUUUGUGAACAUUGAAAUCUUGAAUAAAAAAACAUCAGAAAGCUUUCUCAGAAG